CCCAAUCAGAAGGGAAGAGGAAUCAGGAGGUGACGACGCGGAUAGCGCCAAGAUGCCUGAGUGCGCAGGCGUCAGCUUUCCCGCCAAACGUCAUUUAAUACAUGACAAACUAUCGUUUUUGCUCCUCCUCACUCUUUGCUCUUAUCGUGCUAUCCACCACCCCCCUCCCCCUUUUGCGUCUUUUCCUUUCGUCACUUCGUUCCUUGCCGGUCAGCGCAGGCUCUCCUCUCAGGGUACAAUCCAAUUGCGCUGUUCGGAUUCGGGCCCACCGGCUCCCGCCGCCCAUAGUUAUCUGUUCCCCUGACCCCCGACAGUCAACAGGUCUGCAGCCGUCACAAUGACACGGAGGCAGAUUUGGCGAUUAACAUUCGCAAAGCUACCAGC